CACCUGGCGGAGGAGGAGGGCGAGGAGAACGCGGAGCGACACCCACUGCCCCUGCACCGCAAGAACAACCACAAGCAGUUUUACAAAGAACUGAACUGGGUCCCCGAGAACCAGCGCAGACACACAGCUAAGAAAGCUCCGGACGGCUCCGUCAUUCCCAACGGCUACUGUGAUUUCUGCCUGGGCGGGGCCAAGAAAACCGGCUGCCCCGAGGACCUCAUCUCCUGCGCCGACUGCGGGCGCUCGGGUCACCCCUCGUGUCUACAGUUCACAGUGAACAUGACAGCGGCCGUGCGCACCUACCGCUGGCAGUGCAUCGAGUGCAAAUCCUGCAGCCUCUGUGGUACCUCGGAGAACGACGACCAGCUGCUGUUCUGUGACGACUGCGACCGGGGCUACCACAUGUACUGCCUGAGCCCCCCCAUGGCAGAGCCCCCCGAAGGUGAGCUGG